AUGCCUUGCAUCACUGAGCACCCACUUUACGCCAAAACUUUGAGCAAUUUGGAGCGCACGGUUGUGCGAGACAAGCUUCUGCGACUUGUCCAGUACUAUGCUCGCUUCAUGGCGUACUACACGCUGCGCAAGGGCUACAGUAAGGGUAUUGUGCAGCACUACGAUAUCAUCAAAAAGCAACUGUCGCUGGCCCGAAAGCUGUUCCGCGUAGGCAAGCCGUUCGGUGCUCUCAAGGCGUUCCUUGCGGAGCUGCGCAACCAGACUGCCGACCCCGUCUUGCACUUCACCACGCUGGCCCGUAACUUCGGCUACGGUGGCUAUCUUACCCUAGAUAUCUUCAACUGGGCUCAAUCUGUCAAGCUCGCCAAUUUCGAUGCUAAAACCGCGCAUCUUCUGGGCGUCUGGGCCAACCGCCUCUGGCUGGUCUCCACCCUGUCUCAGUUGGUGGCUGCCGUCUACAACCUGUACCGUGCCGACGCCAAGAUUCGCACCCUCACCAACUCCGAAAAGGACGAGGCUGUCCGCAAGCAGACGGAGGCCCAAAUCAAGAAGCUCCGCGUCCAGAGCCUCUGGUACUUGUUGGACUCCUGCAUCCCCGCGACUUCCCUGGGCUACACGCCCCUCGACGACGGCUUUGUUGGUAUCUGCGGUGUCAUUACUUCCUAUAUCGGUCUCAAAUCCGUCUGGUAA